CGGAGGCGUUUAGCUCCCUCGCCGCCGCCCUUGCAGGAGUUUCCAGCGGCGGCUCCAGUCGCCGCAGAGAGACGGUCUCGGUGGCGGCUCCGUGGAGCUGGGAGGGUCCCUGCCGGACGAGUAGGCUCCGACCCCGGGCUGCCCCGGCCCCUAUGGCAGCCCGGAGCGCCCUGUAGCGCCGCCCGCCCGCCCGGCCCGGGCACCAUGGGGAACCAACUGGCGGAGAUCGCGCCCGCGCCGCCCUUCCUGCCGCACUUCCAGGCGCUGCACGUGGUGGUGAUCGGGCUGGACGCGGCCGGCAAGACCUCGCUGCUCUACCGGCUCAAGUUCAAGGAGUUCGUCAAGAGCGCGCCCACCAAGGGCUUCAACAUGGAGAAGAUCCGGGUGCCGCUGGGGGGCUCCCGCGCCAUCGCCUUCCAGGUGUGGGACGUGGGCGGGCAGGAGAAGCUGCGGCCGCUCUGGAAGUCCUACACCCGCCGCACCGACGGGCUGGUCUUCGUGGUGGACUCGGCGGAGGCGGAGCGCGUGGAGGAGGCCCGGGUGGAGCUGCACAGGAUCACCCGGACUUCCGAGAACCAGGGCGUCCCCGUGCUGGUCCUGGCCAACAAGCAGGACCUGCCUGGGGCGCUGUCGGCCUCCGAGGUGGAGAAGCUGCUGGCCCUGCACGAACUCAGCGCCUCCACCCUGAGCUGCACCCAGGGCUGCAGCGCGGUGGACGGGCUGGGCCUGCAGCAGGGGCUGGAGAAACUCUACGAAAUGAUCCUCAAGAGGAAGAAAACGCUGCGGCACAGCAAGAGGAAGCGAUGAGCAGCCCCGGAGCUUGCCCCAGCCCCACCCAGCUGCCAGGGCGUUGCUUGUUGGGUGCAGGGUGAGCAGGUCCCGUGCCAGGCCUGGCUCACCCCAGCGUGGCUAAACCUCCCAUGUAGACAAGGACUUUGUUACGGGCAGCGCCCUCUGGGGGGUCUGUGUGCCUGCCCGUGAACUCUCCAUCCAGGAUUCGGGAUGGCUCCAAUGGGAGUGUGCUAUAGGGACUGGUCUGGACCUGUGCCCGUGGGCUGACCGGACACACAAGUGCCACAGCCAGACUGAGAGCAACGGCCCCUAAUGUGUCAAAAUCAAAUUUAAAGAGAGGUAGGGUGGGGUUAGGAGACUGCAACCUGAUGGCAACUUGCAUUAGAUGAAAACACUGCAAAUGGGUUUUCUAGGCGUGUGGGUGUUAACGUCCAUCAUUGCUACAGGAAAGGUGGGGGAGGGGAAUCUUUGUAUUACUGGGAUUCUUUUUUUAUAAACCAUGUGUAUUUUUUUUUUGUAGGAACUAAACGUAAGUUAUUAAACAGACAGAUUGGAUA